UGUUUGCUGUAAUAUUUUCUUAUUUUCAAUGUCCAAUGUCUAUUGUGUUUUGUGUUGCACACAAUUUUAUUGUAAUAAGUUAACAAUUGUGAAGAAAGUAGCAAUAUUUUUUAUGAUUUUUACUUUUUGUUCACAAAGUUAGAAAUACCUUUGAAUUGAGUUGAGUGGUAGUCCAAUAAAAAAUGUCAAAUCUUGGAUAUAUAAAAUCAAACAAUCCCUUUGAUGAUGAUGAUGUAGACGAUGAAACUUUUUUGAGAAAUUCGAGACGAGUGCCAACAUAUAACAAUACUCUGCCCACUUUCGAAGACCAAAUGCAAUCUUUUGCCGAAAAGAAAAAAGCUAUUGAAGAGCGCACAAUAAACAGUACAGAAAAAAGUAUCAGUGUCCUUCGAGAUUCAGAGCAAAUAGGAAUAGCCACUGCCGAGGAAUUGAUGAGACAAAGAGAGAAAUUGGAAAAAACUGAUAAGCAGUUAGAUGAGAUAAAUGCUACUCUGAGAUUUUCUCAGAAACACAUUAAUGGCAUUAAAUCUGUCUUUAGUAGUUUAAAAAACUAUAUGGCUGGUAAAACUGACUCUGCAAGCCCUACAACUUCCUCUUCAACCCCUAGUACUGUUAAGCAGUCAACAUCAUCCCAAAAUUUAGAAGAAAAGUUAUCCACUUAUGAUCGUUAUGAUAAUCAUCCAUCUACGAGGCUGCGUAACAAUGAUUACAGUACUCAUGAUCAACUAGGUUCUUCUAGUAGCAGAGAUUUCAGUGCCCGGUUGGAUGCCAAUUUGCAGGAGAUGUGUACUAAUAUUUCACGACUCAAGGGUCUAGCCUCUGAGUUAGGUACUGAAAUUGAAUCACAAAAUGACUUGAUAGGCAAUAUUAUGGAUAAAACAGAAAAGGCAGAUCUAACCAUUAAUAAACAAAACAAAGAUAUGGCUAGAAUAUUGAAAAAAUAAUAAUUUUUACAAAUUUUC